GACAACUCUAUCAUGCGGAAGAAGAGGAGGAUAUCAACUUUAAGAGAUAUUUUAAAGUUUUUAGCUUAAAAAAUGUAAAUUGCAAUAUAUUGUAAACUGUAAAUAGAAGAAAAUGAAUCGUUGACGCGAAUGCCACAAAAUGCACAUGUAAAUUGUAAAUGGUGUGCGCGGGAAACACAAACUGCAGGCGCAACAGCAACAGCACCAACCACAACAGACGUCCAAUUGCAAUUUGCAGCAAUUCGAUGAGUUAAUUUUAAGAAAUAAAAGCGGAAAUACUAGUGAUAGAACAAGUGAAAGUGAAUUCAGUGCGGUAGUGGCACACCAAUAAUGGAACAGGUCGAUUCUACUGAGCUGCACAUAAGCAGGAUACGUGAAGUGAAAGACUUGGCCGACGAUGUGCGCGAUGUUGUGAAAGAAGAGGUGAUAUUAGAAAGCCCGGGCCAUCACCAUCAUCAUCAUCACCAUCAGUUGGAUUCUAAGGUUCGCAUGGUCACAUCCUCCUCAAACGACAACAGCGGUAGCGGCUCCGGAGGUGGAACAGGAGGAGGCGGCGGUGUUGUCUCAGUGCCAGUUUCGCUGCCAAUCGGAUCAAUGAUAACCGGUACCACCUUUAAUGUGAUUACGCCCGAUCAGCUCCCCCACUUUAAGCCGAUGCUGUGCGUCGACAACAAUGGCUACCUGUCCGGCGGCACGGUUAGCAUGGGCAACGACCUGAAGACGAUCGUCAUCCAGCAGCAGCAGCAGCAGACACAAGCCACCGGCGGAGGAGGGGGCUCCAACAGUGCUGGAACCAAUACAAAUGCCACCAACACUCUUGGACUGAAUCAUGACGGCUCUGGGAGCAGGGCCCCCAGCGAGGACAGCCUUGUCCUCGAGCAUGCAGGUGGUGGUGCCCAAGCAACGGGCUCCACCGGCUGGGCAGAGAACACAUCAACGCAACACAUGGAGGUCUUCCAGAUCCGUUGUAAAACCACCUGCGCCGAACUCUAUCGCAGCAAACUGGGAUCUGGCGGCCGGGGUCGCUGCGUCAAGUACAAGGAGAAGUGGCACACACCAAGCGAGUUCGAGCAUGUGUGCGGCCGGGGCUCGAGCAAAGACUGGAAGCGCUCCAUCAAGUACGGUGGCAAGUCGCUGCAAUCGCUCAUCGACGAGGGCACACUCACGCCCCAUGCAACCAACUGCAGCUGCACCGUCUGCUGCGACGGUGAAGCAGGUGAGUCAGCGUCCGGCCCUGUACGUCUAUUCACGCCGUAUAAGCGGCGAAAGCGGAAUCAAACGGAUCUCGAUAUGGAGCCUGGUCCCAAGCGAAAGCGUAAUACCCAUCAUAGCAACAAUAAUAAUAAUAGCAACACUAACAACAAUAACAACAACACGAGCGGCAACAGCGCCAACAACAAUAUAGAUAUGGCGGCCGCCAGUGCGGCUGCUGCUGUGGCGGCAACCUCCAGCGUUGUGGAUGAGAAUAUGUUUUUGGCCGAGGAAAACAUAACGUCUAAGGAUGAGCCAUGGGCUGCACUAAACGACAGCCUGGACACCUCCACCGAGCUAGUUGACCAAUCGCAAAUGGGCAAUGACUACGGCCGUGAAACGUUCGUGGUUAACAUCAAUGAUGGGGCCUCCAUUGCCGUCCUGGACAACAGUCAAUCGAUGAAGAACAUCGAGCAUGUCUACUGCACCAUGGUGAAGGCAACCAACGACUUUAAGCGUCUGCUCAAUGAAAUGAAGCAGAACUACGAGCGACGAAUCGAGGUUUUGCAAAAGGAGCGCGAUGCGGCGGUUAGUGCGAUGCGUGUACAGGUUCACGCGGACAUCGAUGAUCCAAAUAUAUCUGGCUCCCUGCACGGCAAUGAGAUCAUAUCGGCCAAAAAGUGCGCCAACUGUAACCGCGAGGCAUUGGCCGAAUGCUCGCUAUGCCGAAAGACGCCGUACUGCUCGGAGUUCUGCCAGCGCAAGGAUUGGAAUGCUCAUCAGGUGGAGUGCACAAGGAAUCCGCAAACGACAACGCAGCAGGUGAUGCUGUUGAUCGAUGAUCAGUCCUAAGCAACCUAACGAACUGUACAUACAAAUUUUACUACUAAUAAUACGAAUAUACAAAGUUCCCCCUUUUCCUGUAGCUCCCUAUUGCCCCUUUCCCAUUUCCCCACCCCCACCAUCAACUUUAAAGCCCAUUAGCAAGCCUCUAUCCUUUUAGACUUAUGUCCUACAUUAAUGUAAUUCUUAACGUACAUAUAACUAUAUAAAUAUAUAUAUAUAUAUAUUACACAUAUAUAUAUACAUUUUACUAUUGAACGUAGGGCAAGCCAACAAAAAUACAAAAUAAAUA